AUGUACCAGCUCAAAGUAGGCAUACCCGAAGAAAUCAUCCAGCUGGUGAUCAAUAGUGGCAAUGUGGCCACAGUCGCCGGCUCCUGGAUCGCCGGCCAAGGACACAUGUUUUGGAACGUCAUUGGCAGCGUGUUCCAGUACACCUGUGUUCUUCUUGCGAUGGCCACGCUGACCGCGAAUGCGCACAUCUCAAAGGCCUUUGAGAGCCUGGGAAAGCUCGUCCGCGCCACUGAUACGGGGCUGACGCGCGAAGCGUUGUCUAUGGCGCGGCGCCUGCUCAGUCUCAACACGGCAAAGAAGCGCCGGGAGCUGGAGAUGCUGGAAGCAAGCUACCAGGAUUCGCCACCGCAGCCGGAACCUACUGCGAAUUGGUCUGAUAAGAUGACCUAG